UUCGUGUAAGUUCGUGAAAGUUCGAUUAUUUAGACUUAACCUUAUCGACUUAGAUUAACAACGCAUAACCUAUUUCUCAAGCUUAUUGACUGAUUUCUGCAUGCAUUCGAGUAUAUAUUAUAAAUAAAAUGAAGUUUAGGCCAUACACAGGAAUAACCUGGUCUCUGUUAGAGUUAGCAGGUCUUUUAGAAGAUGAAGAUUCGCAUGUUCAUUUCGAACGUAUGAAAAAGCAUCUUGGAUUGCAUCCGUUUCAUAUGAAUGAUCUUAGUGCAGCAUUGAAUGAAAUAUUAAGUUCUGGAUUGAAUGCAUAUGAUUCAGAAUUACAAGGCUUCCUUUUAGCUUAUAAAAACCCAAAAUUACUUACUCCACUUGGAGAUAUAUUUUACGAUUCAUGUUUUAUUCAUAUUGAUAUUGAAGCAGAUUUUUAUGUAUUCAGACCACAAAUUGGUCAUUUAUUGAAAGGUGUCGUUCAUAAAAAAGGUGCUAAUUAUAUUGGUGUACUUAUGCACAAAGCUUUUAAUGUUUCUAUUCCCAAACCAGAGAAUGUAGAAAAUUGGCCAGGUGAUAUGGUAAAUAUCGGACAAGAAGUUAGAUUUGAAGUUACAAAUUUAGAUUUUACUAGUAGAUUACCAUUUAUUCGAGGGAUAUUAAACGAAGUCGACUAUCUACAAGGUUGUAAAGUACCUGCACGCGUUUCUUCUAAUGGUACAUUUUAUGAAAUAAAUGGGAGCGAUGAAUCUGAUAAUUCAAAUGUGGAAGCACAUCAGUCUACUAAAAAAAAGAAAAAGUUGAAAAAAACAAAGAAAAAAGUGUCUUCAGAAGAACACUUAACGAAGAAAAAGGCUUUGGAUAAUCAAGAUAGAGAAGACGAAGAAAAUAAAAAACAUAAUAACAAAAGUUUGACAAAAUCUGAAGAAUCGAAUAAUGAAGCGGAACAUGAUGAACAUUUAAAUAUUUCUAACAACGAUCUAAGUUAUUUAAAUGGUGAUGAAACAUCCGUAAAGAGGAAGAAGAAACAUGAAAAGAGUUUAAAAAGGAAAUUUAAAGAGAUAUUGGAACCAGAGUAUGAUUACAAUAACGUUACAAUUAAAGUAGAAAGAGAUACGUCUACUACUGAUACCGAAACUGAAUCGAAAAAACACCUGAAGAAAUCUAAGAAACAUUCUAAAAAAUUGAAGUUUUCUACCGAUGCUAAUGGCAGUAUAGAUAAUGAAGUACAAGAAGAUGUGCGAUUAGAAAGUGGAAAACAUUCCGAAAAUGAAUUCAAAACACCAAUUAAGUUAGAGAAAUCAUCAAAAUCAAAUAACAUUAAAGAAGAAUCUACAAGUCAUAGAAGCAAAUCUCCCAAGAAACGAAUAAAAAGAUCUCUAACAGAUUUUGAAUCUAAAUUUGGUUAUGUUGAAAUUAAAGUAGAAGAUUGUAGCGAGACAGAAUAUACGCAACUAUACGAUAAAGAACAAAAAGUCAAGAUUAAAACAGAAAAAUCUAUGGUUAAUAAUGAAACUGAUAAUGAGAACUCUCUAAGUGGAUCAACAAAGAAACAUAAAAGAAAACGUGCAAAAACUUUAGAAGUAGAACAAGACUAUGAAAAUGUAACAAUUAAAAAAGAGAAAUUAGAUGACUAUUCAUCAGAUUAUACGUCACCAAGUAAAAAAUCUUCAAAGAAUAAAUAUAGCAAUGAUCAUAAUACCAAUGAUGAAUAUGACACACAUCAUGAGAUUAACAUUAAAAAAUCACAUAAAAAAUCUAAAGUAAAGGAAAAUUUAGAGUCCGAACCUCAAAAAACAAAAAUCAAAACAGAAGAUGUACGAUAAAGAAUGAAUUUAAUGAUUGAAACGUCGAAUAUUCUCUUUCAAUGGAACAAACUUGGAAGGUAAUAAAAUAUUUUCCCAAAGAUGUUUUAAUAGUGAAAUUAAUGAAAAAAAAAUGUAAAAACUUUUAAGAACUACGCAUUAAACAAUUCUAUAAUAGAAGAAAAUAAUAAUUAUGCAUCUCCCAAAAAAUGUUUCAAAGAAAUCCAAAGAAAUAAAUAUCGAGUUUGUAUCCGAUGAGGUAAAAACUAAAACUGGAAGAUCAUUGUCCAUUGAAAAAAUAUGUAUAUAAACAUGAAUUUAUAGAUAAUAUUACAGUAUCUACAUAGCAAUAUAAUUGCACCUUUUUAAUAAAAAAAUCCAUAUCUUGUACAUUCGUAUCGAUAUCAUAUAUAAAUUUACAUAUAUACAAUCUAUAUACGUGUAUAUAGUUUUAUGAAACAAUUAUACAGAUAAAUUACUAUUAUCUUAAAACGUUAAUUGAUAGGUCUCUUUAAUAACUAAUAUUAUAUUUCUAUCAGAGAUGAAAUUUGCAUCAUCAAUGCUCUACAUAUGGUGUA